GGCGCCCACACCCUGAGGUCUCCAGAACUUUGGCUCCACUCAUUUCAAGGUAACACAGAGUUUUGGGUAGCAUGCCAUCCCUGAAAGGCCGUAAGACUAUCGUUGUCGACAAUGGUGCGUCAACCAUCAAGUUGGGCGUGCUGGGGUCAAGUGAACGUACUCCGAGGAUCAUUCCAAACGCGAUUGUAAGAUCAAAGGGCGACAAAAUCGCUUAUUACGGACAAGAACUCGAGAACUGCGUUGAUUUUUCUUCUCUGCAUUAUCGCUUGCCCUUUGAAAAGGGAUAUCUUGUCGAUUGGGAUGCGCAGAAAGCUAUUUGGGACGGCAUCUUCAGGAAGGACUUCCUUGGAGUGGAGCCUUCGGAGUCGUCAAUUCUGAUAACAGAACCUUACUUCAAUCUUCCAAAGUUGCAAGACGUCUAUGACCAGUUCGUCUUCGAAGAAUACGAAUUCGAGUCCUAUCAUCGUUGCACACCUUCGGCCAUGGUACCGUACAGCGACCUGUAUCGACAAACCAACCAGCCUAACCCGGAGUGUAUCCUGGUUGUGGAUUCAGGCUUUAGCUAUACCCACAUAGUCCCGUUGAUCAAUGGAUCUAUUGUCUGGGAAGCAGUGAAAAGGAUAGACGUAGGCGGCAAGUUGCUGACGAACCAGCUCAAAGAGCUCGUCUCGUUCCGCCAGUGGAACAUGAUGGACGAGACAUAUGUCAUGAACGACGUUAAAGAAGCAUGCUGCUAUAUCUCUACUCAAUUUGGAAAGGACUUGGAGGUUUGCCGAGUUGAUACGAGGGACAACCCUAUCGUCCGGGAAUAUAUCUUACCGGACUUCUCCUCAAGCAGGAAGGGGCGCAUCCGAAAACCGGGGGAGAUAUUAGAAGACUCGUACCAAAUAUUGUACAUGAACAACGAGCGGUUCACCGUCCCCGAGAUCUUGUUCCGUCCGGACGACAUUGGUUUGGAACAGAUGGGGCUGGCGAAAACUAUCGCGCAUAGCAUCUCCUUGCUACCAGAGGAUCUACGGGGCAUGUUUUGGGCGAACAUUGGGCUUAUUGGAGGAUCCAUAAAGUUCCCUGGCUUCCAUGACAGACUCUUUCAAGAAUUGCGAACGCUCGCUCCGGUCGAGUGCACUCUCAAUAUUUACCAGAGUACCGACCCUAUCCUCGAUGCCUAUCGCGGCGCUGUGGCCUUCACGAAACAGGCUGACUUCCAGCAGAAGCUUGUCACCAGAGAAGAGUAUAAUGAAAUGGGAAGCAACGCCUCGCGGCGGAAGUUCCGGGGCUGGAUGCCUGUUGAUGCGGAAGAGGUGGCUGACAAGGGCAAGGGCCGGGCGCGUGACGAUGAUGACGACGAGCCUACCCCGGUGAAGAGGGGUUCGCGCGGAAGGGGAAGGGGAGAGAGGGCUAGAGGGGCGACGAGAGGGCGGGGACGGGGAAGAGGGAAAGGGUCGGGCCUGAGCAGUACGGCGACAUAGCGCAGCUUUGAGAGGGUACAGUUGGCCCGCGUUCCAUCCGUUCACUUCGCUUCUGGUCUAGUAUGAACUUUCAAGUAUACCGCACCAGUCUCUAACCAAGAUCUUCACGAGCGUGUAGCUCAAGAUUCUGAACGUGAUGAGCGAUCGAGGAACCGGACAGCUGUAUUCAACGAGAUGUAGAUUCACAUUUACGACGAGCAACGCAGGAGCUUUACAUUCUUUAGAUUGUACGGGCCCGUAUUCAAGGAGGAACAUCCCGAAAUCGAUUAUGCUCAGGCCAAUUUCUUGGAAGGACCGGUUGCGACCUUCUUCUGACCGAAGUAGUACCGGGUCCGCCCGACUCCUGCGAACCAAGCGACCCUGGCAACGUCG